GAGCUGUCCGCGGUGCUGAGACUCACAGAGACGGAGAGAGCCUCCUCCUCACUAACUACUAACACCAGGCGUCACCAUGCCGUCACUCCCCACGGGCAAACCUGUCCUCAUCUGUUGCACCCACUUCCUCUUCGUCUUCCUCUUCGCCUCCUCUCACGUUCGGGGGGCUUCUCUCCGACAGCGAGGAAGUGAAUCCCAGAGAGGAGGAGGAGGAGGCGACUUCCUGCAGAGCCCCAACGACGACAUGCUCAAAGCUCUGGAGUUCAUCGAGAGCCUUCGUCAGAGGAGCGGCACGAGUACGGGAUACGAGGCGGACGACGCCGAGAAGCUGAGAGCGAUCCUGAGGCUGGCUCCAAACGAGGAAGAGGAGGAGGAGGAAGAGGAGGAGGAUGAAGGCAGGGAGGAUAAGAGCGAGGAGCUGCUGCAGGCUGUGCUCAGCACCCUCCAGGAGACGGAGAAAGCCUCACAACAGACGCCGCUUCGCCCCAGGGUGCAACAGCACGGCAUCAAGCCCCACAGGAAGAUGCCGCUGAUGUUUGAGGAUGAGGAAGAGGGCGACGAGGAAGAAGAGGGAGAGGAGGGGCCGGCGCCUUUCAAACGCACAAACGAGAACGUGGCGGAGAAGUACACGCCGCAGAAUCUGGCCACGCUGCAGUCCGUGUUCGACGAACUGGACCACAUGACCAGCGUGAAGACGAAGAGGCAGGACGAGGAAGAGGAGGAGGACGAAGGUGAGGGGGUGUUCAACGUGAGGAACGUGGCGUAUGAUGACGUAGGAGGGGAUCUCGCAGACUGGGGAGAGGGGGAGGACCGAGGGAUCGAUUAUGACGAAGAAGCGGACGAAGACGAGGAAGAAAAGGUCAAGAGGUCAAAAGACACGGAUGAAGUCGCCAAUCUCGUAGACUACUACCUCCUGAAAGUGCUGGAGAGAACGGAGGAAGAGGAGAAGAAGAGAGAGGAAGAGGAGGAGAAGAGAGAGGAAGAGGAGGAGAAGAAGAAGAAGAAGAGGGAGACCAUGGAUCCGAGGACCAUCUACCAGCUCAUAGAGAUCUCACAGAAGUACCAGAUCCCCCCGGAGGACCUGGUGGACAUGCUGAGCACCGGAGAAUCCACGAAGCCACGGAAACCCUCUCCGGUGUCCCCGAGGAAGACGCACAAGAGUCCCGAAGGAACGUUCUUCAACACACGACUUCCCGAGAGGCGAAAGACCCCCGAAGAAAGACGGACGGAGGAGAUCCUGAGCAUCCUGGGACUAGGAGGCGUCGAAGAGAAAACUCCCGUCAGGAAGCAGUCCACCUCCGCCUCCUCGUCGUCACGGUUUCACACCCUCGCAGAACCCUCCGCAUCACAACGGAGACGCUUCCCCUCCGGCACGUUGCCGGACGACUACGACGACACGUUGGACGAAGACGAACUGGCGGCGUAUCUAGCGGCUCAGAUGCUCGCUCGGUAUCCGAUAAGCAAACACAGAAACAACAAGGCGAGCCCAAAGCGCGGCGCCGGCUCCUUUGAGCAGAACAUGCAGGCGCACUUUGAUCAGAGGGAGGAGGAGAGAGAGGAGAGGAGACACACGGAGGACGAGGACGAGACGAAGGGUUUUGAUAACGAGGCGGUGAUGAAACUCAUGAGCUACCUGAACCCAGACACUGACGAGAGAGAGAGCGACGCCACACCCGGACAGGAGAAAUGAAGCCUGGAGAGAGAUGUAUAGUAUAUAUAAAUAUAUAUGUUGUUUGGGUGGAGGGUGAGGAUAAAGUAUUUUGAAGAAUAAAAUGAAACGCAGGUCUGUAGGUUUACAACAGUUCUGAUUUAUUAGCAGAGAUGUGACAGACAUUCAUUUGAUGCUUCUUUCUUUUUUAAACAAUCCGUACAUGUGACUCACCAGCCUUUCAAAACA